CACUUGUUGUGGGAUGGGCUGAAGUUACUUUCUCCCAGGAAGAACCAGCUGCUUGUUAUCUAAAGCUUACUUUGUACAAGAGGAAAUCUGAAGAAGAGUUCUGGAGAUUCUAAUCAGAGCGAUGGGAAGCCCUUUUCUGUUGGCUGCAGUGUCUCUUCUGUCUGCUCUGCACAUGGGUUACCUGGCCCGGCGGGUUGGUUUGUCCAGGAUGGCCCAUAAGGUUCUGCCUCCCGAUACAACUGGACCUGCACAGUUUGAGAGAACUUUCCGUGCACAUCAGAACUGUGUGGAGUUCUACCCGUUGUUCCUGGUGACUCUGUGGACCUGCGGCGUGUUCUUCAGCGAGGUCCCAGCAGCUGCAGGAGGACUGGCGUACAUGAUCGCCAGACAAAUAUAUUUCAACGGAUAUGUCAAGUCCACCAAGAAAAGGAUACCUGGCUUUUACCUGACUUUGGUGGUGCUUUUCACUCUGUUUCUACUGGGUUUGACCGGAGUAGUGCGUGGAUUACUACACCAGUACUUUCACAUCUACAUCUGAAGAUUUCACCUCCAUCUACUAUGCAGAUCAAGCACUGAAAUAUCAGGACUAUGAAAUUAGAUCGAUUUGAGAAAUCGGAUUGUUUACAGGAAACUCAUCUGUUUUAAACUCUACUGAGAAAUAAUAACUGUUCACAAUUUGAUUCUAACCAAAGCCCAGGAUCAUGUUCUUCUGAAAUGCAUCGUUUACCUCUUAGAUUCCUUUAAGUCUGAUAUAUUUUAUGCAACAGCUUUGGCUUUUGGUGUCUUAUACUCACAGUAACAAAGAUACACAAAGCAGCAAAAGCAAAUUCAAGAUUGAUUUU